UUGAUAAUAUAUAUUCUCGCGAUGACAAAGCAAUGUCAUUUUUGCCAGUGAACUCGAGAAAAAUAAACAAAACAGCCAAAUAAUAUAUAAUUUUGUUCUUCUGUGUGAGCUAAGACGACAUGGCAAUAACCAACCCAACAUACGAUGACGCACUUGUUGACGAUUUUGGAGAAUAUUCGCAACUUCUUGGACAUCUCAGUGAAUCGUUAAAUGAACUCGAAUUAGAAGACGAAGACAAAGAGUUAACUGCAAGCAGUUUACAACUAUCCAAAACCACACACGACGGGAAAGUAUUAACAUGGCGAAAAGGACCUGCACCAGUGGACCAAAGAGAUGGAAUUGUGACAACUAAAUUGGCCUCCCUCCAAGGAGUUCAUGAAAUGGGUAGCGAUCCCGCUGCAUUACAUGCUAGUGGAAACAUGUCUUCGAACCAACAGAACAACAGGACGGCUUCAGUGGCACUGCUAAAUUAUUUUGCAUUUCUUGGCACCACCAAUGAAAAAUCUAGGGCCGAUUACGCCUAUAUGGAAAACUUGCUGCUUAGUGCAGACAUUAACCAUACUGAUGUAUUCGGACAGUCCAUCAUGCAUGAAGUUGCCAGAGAAUGGCAUACUGAUUUGGCAUACUUUUUAAAAGUUAAAGGAGCUGAUAUAGAUAAGUCGGACAACUUCGGACGCACUCCACUCUUUGUUGCGGUUGCGUCGAAUAACCUAGAAAUGACCGAAUGGUUAAUCAAAAAUGGCGCUAAUAUAAAUCAUCGAACUAUGGAGGGACAAGAACAGACAGCACUGCACUUUGCUGCAAAAUUUGAUGCACUAGAAGUGUUCAUGGCAUUGAUGAAACAUGGCGCAGAUCCAUUUGUUUUGGAUGCAAAACAAAGAACACCUUUCUUCUUAGCUGCAGAAUACGGACUAAACCGAAUGUGUACAUAUAUGUUAAAGAUAGGCUUGCCUACGUGUUCGUAUAACGAUUGCGGAAUCUGCUGCAUUGACUUUAUUUUGGACAAACUUCCAUAUGAUUCUUCUGUGAUUGCAUUGAAUCAAUAUGUCGCCACUGACCAGGUGCUGGGGAAAGAAAAGUACUACAUCAAUUGUCUGGGAAAACGAAGAUGGAGAUUGUUAAACAGUGCAAAGAAUGAGGACGAGUACAAGAUACAUCCGACCGAUCCCCCUGUACCACUUGAUAUAAUAGUGGAAAACAAAGACCUUGAGCUGAUAACCCAUCCCGUCAUAUUGGAAUUAAUUGCGUUGAAGCGAGAGAAAUAUGGGUUCAAAUACAACGUGGCUAACAUAGCUAUGUACCUUCUUUUCACGAUUGUUUGGACGAUAGCAAUUUCACUUAGAGGUUUUGAACACAAAAAGACACCUGUUUUAGUCUUUACUGUUCUUGGACAACUGCUCACAAUUCUGUUUAUCAUUAAGUUGUCAAAGGAGUACUCAGCAAACGUACAAUAUUUCAAGGCCAAGAAACAAAGCAUUUUAGAAGGUGUGGAGGAGAACAAAAAGUAUUGUCAUCCACGCUGGGAGGUCGAAGGAAACAUGCUGAAAGAAAUUAGUGAUAAUGCAGAAAUGUUGAGUGCCACGUUUUGGAGAGAUGGUUGGAACUUCGUUGAAGGAUUCUGUUUGCUUAUGGCGAGCGUUCAAACGAUUCUAACAGUAACUUUAGCAAUAGUGAAUCCAUCACAUGGUACUUAUAAAAUUAGAUCAUAUUACUCUGCCAUAUUUGUUGUUGUCGUUUGGAUACGGUUGAACCGAUCUCUGAGGUUAGUUCAGUCAGUUGGACCAUUCAUCGCUAUGUUGGGUGAAUGUGUGAUCGCUACUGCAAGAUUUGCUUUCCUGUUCUUCGAGUUUUUUAUUCCGUUCUCAGUUUCAUUUUGGAUUACAUUUGGUGGCGUUCGGAAAGGAAGUGCUGGUGGCGAGUACGAAACAUUCAAUGAUAUGUUGUAUCAAUUAUAUCUUCUUACAAUCGUAGGAGACUACGAUUAUGAUACAUUAAAAGCCGUUAAUAAGAUUCCUUCUCAAAUUUUUGUUGGCUUGUACGUGAUUCUAGUCAGCGUGAUCAGUUUGAACCUGUUUAUUGCGCUGCUGUCUGAAGCAGUUGCCAGGGUUAAUCAAACUGCAUUAGCUACAACUUUCUUGAAAGAAGCUGAAGAACUUGUCACUCUGGAAAGACUUUUUCCAUACUUGAGAAAGGAGUUUGACGUAUAUGCUAACAAAUAUUAUGCACCUGAAUUAAAAGAUGUUUCUCGUAUUUCAACAAGUGAGAUGUAUAAUUCCAAGAAAAUGAUUUUUGACAUGUCGAGAUCUAUGCAAUUUUUAAAAGACGAUCUUUGUACGAUAAUGGAUACUCAUGUUGAAUUACAGAAAAACAUGCAAGAAGAAGAAAUGGCUAUAAAAACCUUCCGUCAACUAUACAGUAAAGAAAAAAUUGAAGAAAUCAAUUCUCUUUUCGAUAACGUGUUUGAUUUUCAGACAACUAAAUUAAACAAGAUUCACAGAGUUACAAGAAACACAUUCAACCGUUUCAUGAAGAAACAAUUUUUAGAUAGUCUUUCGGAUGAAAACAGUUCGUGAAAGCAUUGAGGUCAAAACAGAGAUGGUGGAAAAUAUUGCAUUUACGAAUAUGAAAAUCGAAUGUAAUUUAUUUUUUGUAAAUAAACUUGUAUAAAAAUAAUUAUAAUUAAAAUAGGAAAGAUAAAAUGAAUAUUGCUCCA